AUGGAGGGUCAGGGUGAAAACGACGAGCUCUACCCUAUCGCCGUCCUUAUUGAUGAGUUGAAGCAUGACGAUGUACUUCUCCGCCUCAAUGCCAUCCACCGUCUGUCGACUAUCGCCUUGGCUUUAGGGCCCGAAAGGACCCGAGAGGAACUGAUUCCUUUCCUUGAUGAUUCUGUCGAAGAUGAAGAUGAAGUCUUGACCGCACUAAGUGAGGAGCUGGGAAAUUUCAUAGAAUAUGUUGGUGGUCCGGAGUACGGGCAUGUACUCCUCUCUCCGCUCGAGAACCUGGCCGCUAUCGAAGAGCCUCUGGUCAGAGAGAAGGCCGUGGAGUCUCUCAACAAGAUCGGUGAACAGCUGUCCGAGAAACAAGUCGAAGAGAACUUCAUCCCUAUGGUUCUACGCCUGUCAAAAGCCGACUGGUUCACCUCCAAGGUUUCCGCGACCGGCCUCUACUGUGUCCCCUACAGGAAAGCUACCCAGGCAUCACAGCAAACUCUCCGGCAAUAUUAUGCAGGCCUCGUGCAUGACGACACACCGAUGGUGAGGAGACAGUCGGGGAAUAACUUGGCGAAGUUUAUCAAAGAAUUGAAUACCCAGAUCGUUAUCGACGAAAUGAUACCCCUGUUUCAACAUCUCGCAACCGAUGAGCAGGACAGUGUGCGCUUGCUUACGGUUGACGUUCUCAUCUCGAUCGCGGAGGAAAUCCCCAAGGAACAGCAGCCCAGCCAUGGUGUCCUUUUGACCUCCUUGCGAAACUUGUUCGAGGAUAAGAGUUGGAGGGUGCGGUACAUGGUUGCUGACAGAUAUGAGAAGAUCGCUAAAGCCGUGCAUGAAGAAGUUGUGACUCGUGACAUGGUUCCCUCUUUUGUCAAGCUUUUGAAGGACACCGAGGCCGAAGUCCGUACUGCCAUUGCCGGCCAAAUUCCAGGCUUCUGCAACCUGAUUGACCGGGAGACCUUACUUAAUGAGAUCAUGACUAGCGUGGAGGAUCUGGUUUCGGAUCCAUCUCAGCAUGUGCGCGCGGCGCUUGGUACUCAGAUCAGUGGCCUUGCACCAAUCCUUGGCAAGGAUGAGACCAUCGCACACCUCCUUCCUAUGUUCUUGCAAAUGCUCAAAGAUGAAUUCCCGGAUGUUCGCCUGCACAUCAUCUCGAAGCUGGAAUUGGUUAACAAGGUCAUCGGUAUCGAUCUCCUCAGCCAGUCGCUUCUCCCGGCUAUUGUCCAGCUGGCUGAAGACAAGCAAUGGCGAGUUCGUCUCGCAAUCAUCGAAUACAUCCCCUUGCUGGCAAGCCAAUUGGGAGUUCAGUUCUUUGACGAGCAACUCAGUGAUCUCUGCAUGGGCUGGCUCGGUGAUACCGUGUUUUCAAUCCGGGAGGCUGCUACUCAGAACCUGAGGAAGCUGACGGAGGUAUUCGGCGUGGACUGGGCAAAGGGCUCCAUCAUCCCUAAAGUGAUGGCCAUGGGCCAACAUCCCAACUACCUGUACAGAAUGACAACAUGCUUCGCCAUCUCCACUCUUGCCCCUGUCGUCUCGCUGGAUAUCAUUGAAAACUCGAUUCUUCCCAUCUUGGAUAGACUCGUCUCGGACGAGAUCCCCAACAUCCGCUUCAAUGUGGCCAAGUCAUAUGCCGUAUUGAUCGAUACCCUGCGACGCCUACCCGCAGAGGGAACCAUCACAGAUCUGGAGAAGGCCGGCAAAACCGCCACGCCAACUCCGCGGGGACAGGAUCUCAUCCAGCAAAGAAUUCUCCCCAGUUUGGAGAAGCUGCAAGAAGACGAAGACGUCGACGUUCGGUACUUUGCAACGACUGCCGCAGGCGGCCACGAGGAAGUCAUGCAGACUUCACCGUAG